AUGGGGGCCAACAACUCAACCUGCCUUCCGUGCAAAGCAGCCGGAGCCAGCGCACGCCGGAACAAGGCGGCAACUGAUGUUCAGAAUAAUGGGAAAAUAAGUACAGAGGUCGAAAUUCUGAAAAAAGUGUCAACUGCGGCGGAGCCACAGGUAGCAAGUGGAACACCUGAGCAGUCGUCCAGUCUCCAGGGUUCUCCAAACAACGGAUCUUCUAACUCCAGUAAUUCUCUGCAGGAACGCGCCAAAACUCUUCAGCAGGAAGACUCUUUGCCGCAUAACGCUCAGCCCGAGACAUGCCCUCCCCUUGCAGAAGGUUCCACGGUGCAGCAGGACAAGCAACAGGAUGAAUUGCCGUCGCAUGAAGGGCAGCCCUGCCCCCAACUGGAGACGCAACUGGGCCUUCAAUUGAAAGGUUCGACGGAUGUCUCGCCACCUCAUAACAAGCAAUUAGAAACUGCUGAGGACCAGAAAGUGGACGAACGAGCAAGGCGGACACCCGAGAAACGCAUUUAUGUCCCUUCACACAUGCUGGCAGAAGGAAGCGAACAAGCUUGGAAGCAGCAUCAGGGUGCCUCUCAAGCACUUUUAAGCCCGCAUAGCUGCUCAGUGGCUCACCGUGUCGCAGCUGCCCUUAGAGCAGCAGCUGGGGAGCGUGCUGCUGCUGCUGCAGCACGCGCAGCAGAAGCAGCGGAAGCGAUCAAGAAAAUGCCAAAAGAUUCUACUGGAAAGCCUAUGAAUCAGUCUAACGGCCAGGUUUCGGGAGUUUGUCCUGCAGAGAGUGCAGAAACCUGCAGUGCGGAAACUCUCGCAGAGCAGCAGGCAGAUGCGCACCAGGACGCACAGCGCACACGCUCGCGGAGCAGCUGCUUCCCGCAUGUGUUAUGUUUCUCAUCCGCUUAUGACAGCGGAAACGAAAUAACUGUUAGGCAAGAAGCGGAGCAGCAGCAAGAAGGCGAAAGCAAUUCGCAAUCUGCAGAGUACUCCGUCAUAUCAACCGCGAAGCGCGUCGGAGAAAUGUUUUCAGGAGCAGCAUCUGCUGCAGUGGCUUUUGCUUCUUCAGCUUCGGGGCAGAGUGCCUUUGAAACACCAAGAGACCAGGGAGUAGUUUCCGGCGGCGAGACUUCCGGCAGGGGCCAAGAACUGUGGCAAACAGUGGGAGUAGGAAGUGAGAAAGCCGGAGAGCUGCAGGACGGCGCAGUUGUAUUGCUGGGGGCAGUAGACAGAGCUAUGGAUGCCAUCACCAGCGACGAUUUCAAAAAACAGGCGAGUCUUGUGUUUCACUCCGAGGGUCAUAGUAAAGGGGCCGGCUGGUGGCUGGCUGUUAUUUAUAAAUGA